UCCACCUAAAGAUUCAAUCUGAGCGUGCGCGAGGAGGCGAAACGCCCCUGGAUCAGGGUUCUGCGCCGAAGAUCAUUCACUGGUACGGCGGAGGAUCAAGGUUUGCAGAUUGCAAGGCGAAGCUAGAAACUAGGCGGCAAUGGCAAAUCCCAGCAGCGACAGCAAGCCGGAGAAGGAGCCUUGGCGGGGUUGCUAUUACACUCUCGAGGAUAUCCAGAAACACAAUCACAGCCAAAGUACCUGGAUCAUCCUACACCACCGUGUGUAUGACCUCACCAAGUUCCUGGAGGAGCAUCCAGGUGGUGAAGAAGUUCUAAGGGAACAAGCAGGAGGAGAUGCUACAGAAAAUUUUGAAGAUGUUGGCCAUUCCACAGAUGCCAGAUCAUUGUCGGAUACGUUUAUUAUAGGAGAACUUCAUCCAGAUGAUUGGGAAAAAGUUCAGAAACCAAUGGAAUCUUACAUCACUACUAUUGAAUCUAAUUCAAGUUCGUGGACCAACUGGGUGAUUCCAGCUAUAGCAGCAAUUAUUGUGGCCCUUAUGUACCGUUUCUACAUGACUGAGUAAAACGCCAUAGUGAGAAGCCAUACUGGAACAAAACUGUUUUGGGAAAGAGAUCCAAAAAUGCAUCCUAACCUUCUUCACAUCAAGACAGUAUCUAAAAACAACUUUAAAAUUCCUCUUUUCUCCAGAAAGCCAAACAAGCUUACUUCAGCAGUGCUCUUUUUAACUUUGAUGUAUUAUUUUUAACCUUUUAUGCAACUGUUUUUAAGUGCUAAAAGUAUAGGGCAUGUCUCUUUUAUAUCUUAAUGUUGUUCAUCAGUUAAUUAUGUAAUAUCAUGAUAUUCUUAAGAAUAAGAACACUGACACUUGCCUGGGUUUUUUUAAAUGAAUUCUUUGGAUUUCUCUUGCAAAAACAAUUAACAGGAGGUUGUGUCUAUGCAAAUUCCUUCCAUCUUUGCCUUCAUUUAGAAUUUUCUAAUGCAAUAGUUCCCCCUUUCCAUCUAUUCCAUAGAUGUAAUUUGUAUCUUUUCUCUCCUUUUAUAAAACAUAAGCGUUCAGUAGGGGAAUAAGACUUCAGGUAUAUGAGGAGCUUUCCAAUUAAUAUAUUUCUGUGGAUCCAAAUGCUCCUCUAGGCAACAUUGCCAAUUUCAACCCUCCAGUUAGCAGGCCUUCAAACUUGACUCAAAGGUUUAAGGGAACAAUUCACACCAGUUAUCUCUCUCUCCCCCCCCCCCCAUCCACAUGAAAAUGUCAGUGGGAUUUUUGGAUCAAAGCCACUGACCUCUGAUGACUUAGUAAUAAAUAUAUUGGGUUGUAUCCAGUGCUGCUCUUCUGCUAGCACAGUAGUUCUCCUUGCUCAGCAGAACUUUCCCCACUUCUCCUUUCCUUUGCAUCCCCUCAAAAUCUGCUCCAGAGGGUUGGAAGGCCCUCCGGAACUUAUUUUAAGGGAGUGUGGGGAGGGAAGAGGAAGGGGGAAGUCCCAUUUUGUGAGUAGAACUCCACAUGCAGCGUUGUAUACUACCCAUUGCCAGGCCUUACUGAAAUUUUGUUAUGUCUUUCCAGUGUGAGAGAGAAAAAUCAUGUGUCUGAUUUCUACUAACUCUGUACAUUUCAUAUUUCUAAAUGAAACAGCGGGGUUAUUUUAUUGGAAUCCAUGUACUUGUGCAACUCUUAAUUACCUUUAAUUAACCAAAUAAUUAACCUUAAGUAUUUCUCAGAUUCCUGUGAGAUUUACCUCUCUUGAGGAAUAUAAGUAAAAACAAGUAUGUGAACUUCCCGUCCCUGUUUGACGAAAUAAGGGAAUGAAACACAAGAAAAUCAGUACUUAGCAUCAUGCACCCAUUUUGUCUGUCUGAUCUGUGUCUAUGAUGUCACUUGCUAAUAACACUUGUGUUAGUCACAUGGAAGAUACUCUGGAAUAAACUCAAAUGUUUACUGUAUUUUUGUUGUCCCUUAUGACCAAGUUGUGAAAUCCAUCCAGCAUCAAGCUCAGGUGCCGGUAAUGCAUAUGUGUUUUUGAAAUUGGGUGUGGGAGAAAAUGCCUGGUUUAAAAACCACUUUAGAAGAUUGCAAACCUAAAUGUGAAAGAACUUGUAAAUUCCGCAUGUGGUUGUAAUAAAACAUCUAAAUGAA